UACGUUUUCACGCAGCGGAUAUAUAAUGUGCUCCGAUCGUGAUGAUUUGAAUGGAGUAGGCAAUUCUUACGCAUAGGUUAUAUCUGAAGUAUUUAUCUUUCAAUUCAAUGUCGAUUUUUCACAGUUAGUGUAAUCACACUCGAAACUGCAACAGACGCAGUUACAGUAUGCAACAAUGAAGAAACUCAACGAAUUAGUCACAAUUUACUUCUUACUACAAUAUUUGUACGGUGUUUGUACAACUCACUUGCUCAUAAACGUAAAAAAUCAGGGUGGUGAUAUUCUGUUAGAGACAAUUUCAUCAAAUGUGACUGAAGAUGUAAUUACUUUAGAAUUUCAGUGCUCGGAUGGCACUUUGGUGACACAGCUUAUUGAUUUUAAAAAUGAAGUACAAAUUAUAAAAGCCUUGGUUCUUGGUGAAGAAGAACGAGGUCAAAAUCAGUAUCAAGUUUUAUGUUUUGUAAAUCAUUUUUUCAAAGUGGAUUUUAUAUCUUCUGAUGCUAUGUCUAAAUUGCGACAAAAAAAUCCAGGGACUGUUCGUGUAGCGGAAGAGGAUAAGGGCCAUGUAAACUAUACCAUGGACUUAUUUUUGGAUGUUUCUGAAUCAAAAGAUAUUUCUAAACACAUUGCUACUCUUUGUGGAGAAGCAGCAGGAUCUGCUUAUACCAGAAAUGAAGACAUAAAACAAUGGAUUCAACGACCUGGAUCAUCAGAACUUUCACUUAUGGCAGCUGUAUACAAUGUUAGCACAAAUUCUUUAAUGCAGCAAGGUACAAAUGACUCGAAGCCAUUAUUUAUAACAAGAUGUGCAGACACAUCAAAUAUGUGGGCUCCUUGCACUUGUUCAUUAGAAUUAUGCAUUGGGUGGUAUCCAUGUGGUUUGAAAUUUUGUAAAGGAAAGAGCGAUGGUAAAAAAGCAGCUACUCCAUAUAAAUGUGGUAUCAAAACUUGUAAAAAAUGUUUUAUAUUCUCAUAUUAUUCCAAAAUGAAACAGAAUUGUUUGUGGGAUGAAUGACAUAUAAGAACAUUGUAGGCAUUAAGUUUUGUUUUAUAAAGAAUUAUAACAUUGUUUUAAAUAUGGAGAGGUUUGGGUAUCCUUUGGAAUGUAAAUUGACAUUUUUACACCAAAAAGAACUACAUAUAAUACAUUUUCAUUAAUAUCUUUUCUAAUUUCACUUUUAUUAUAUCGAAUUUAUUAAACAUUUAUCGUUCUUAUGUUUAUAAAAUUAAAGAGUUCUUUAAAAAUGUAUUUCUAUUUUCUAUGUACGUUUGUUGAAUUAGCUAAAUUAUGAAACCUUUAACUUAAUUAGAUAUAAAUGUAUAAAUUAUUUUAUAUAGUGUGCACUUUUCAUAAUGCUCAUUUUUAAAGGAACAUACAGAUUCACUUAUUACAGGAAUAUUUCUAAAACUGUUAUUUAAACUUUGAUAUAGCUAAAUAUCUUUCAUUAUUUAAUAAUAUAUUAUUUUCUCCAUCUUAUACUUUAAAGAAACUAAAUUAGGUUAGAUUGUAUAAUUUAAAAUCAACAUUUAAGAAGUUUUAGAUGCAUUCUCAUACUUAGAAAUUUGACUGAAUGGAUAGAUUUGUAACAGCAAUAUUUGCAACACACUAGAAUAAUAAUUUAUAUACUCUAUGAAAGGAGGGUGUAAGUAAUACAAACAAAUUUUGAAGAAAAGAUACUGCAUUUUAAAAGACUUAAAUAUCAUAUCUUAUAAUAUAUAAAUUCCAAUUUGACUCUUCAUUCUAUUACAUUCCCAACUUGUCAUUUAAUAUAUUUAUGGGGAAUAUAAUUAUUCUUAAGGUAGUUCACUAUGUGCACAAUGUGUAUUAAAAAUAGUAUACAUUACAUAUAUUCUUAUGAAUAGGCACAUAUGGUUGUUUAGUGAAAUAUAGGUAUCCACGUACUUUGUUAAAAAAUAAGAAUUUCAUACAAAUAACGUGCAAUCGUUUAAAAAUCUUUUCACGAGUUUGAAAACGAUUGCCUUCUAUUCUCGUUUACAGCUGUUGGUUAAAAAUGAGUUAACAGUGAGAACAGCACGAGUUACAAAUAAUCCAUUCAGGGUAUUAUAAAACCCUCUGUAUCUAAUUUACCCACGUCUGAUGCUACAAUGCAUUAUGCGUGUAUGUAAAGAAUUUUAUAUAUGACAUAUAAAGCUGCCACUGAUUCGUGUAAGUUUCAGUUCUAUAUGGUGCAGGAUAUUAAUUGUACUAUAGAGUUUGAACAUGAAAGUAUUUGAACUUUAGUAAUUGUAGAUAACGAUAUCAGAAUUAUAUUAACAAAGUUUGAAUACUAUACCACUUACAACAUAUUUUAUGCAAAUACAGAGAAAAGGCUACAAAAAUAUUUAAACAGUAAGUUAUUUUUUGUUUUCAGAUUGUUUGAGUAAUAAUGUGUACAAUUUCACUUUUCAGAAAUAUUUCUUUCCUUACAAAACAUAUAUUCAAUUUAUUCAAACUUUGCUAAUACAAUUCUAAUGAGUCUCACUGUAGAUUUAGAAUAUAUUACACUAUUGCAUUUAAUUUACAUAUCUUAUUAACUAAAAGUGUUAAAUUACGAACAUUCCAAUACUUUCAUGAUUCAAUGAUAAUUCAAAUACAGGAAGCACAUACCUAAAUUAGAUCUGUAUAUAAAAACUCCUGUUAAAAAUUAAGUUGUGUACAGUGUGUAUCAUAAAAAUUGCAAUAUCAUUCAUGUGAGUGAUACUAUCAAUUUGUGUAGAGCUUGUGUUUACUGUUUAUACAGAAAAAAUUGCUUUGUAUUUAAAAGAGAGGAAUGAGAAUACACAUCUCAUAGCAAAUCGCUAUAAACAAGACUGCAAUAUCUGUCCAAUUUAACAAUAAACUUAGAUUAUAUACAUACACACAAGACACAGUCUUCGCGCUUCCUUAUAAACGCAAAUCGUAUCUAAAGAAAUUUCGAAUGUAAAAGAAAUAAUUGCAUAUACUUACUCUUUUAAUCAAAUAUCUACAAAGUUUGUACCACUGAAAUGUAAAGGGCAGAUGAUAAUGCUACAAAGUCGAUGGUAGUUUUAGGUAUCGCUUAGAAGCUGUAUUUGUUAGGAGAACAUAAGCGACACGUCGUUCGUCACGAAUUUUGUUAAAUACAUAUGAAAAUAAGCCGUAGUGAUUAUUCGAUGGAGCAAUUUGUACGUGGACUGGAACGAAUUACAUUUGUAAACAGCAAUAUAAAUUUGUAUAUAUAUAUAUAUAAUCAAGUUAUAUACACGUAUAGUCACUGGGUGAAUUGUAGAUUAAUUGCAAAAUGUUAAGAUACUGUCAUUAGUACUUCGUUAAAUUAUGUGUUAUUAAUAUGCAUGUUUAAAUUGUAAGAGAAACAUACAUGAAUAAUGAGGGUAUAGUUACUAAUUUUAAGAUGGUCCAAUGCGAGGGAAAUAUUUCAAACAAUUGUUCCUGUUUAAAGGACUUACUCAUUCAUUGUUAAUCUUUUGUGAAACAAAAAAAUGAACGUACUGAUUUACCAUGGUAACAUUAAAAACCGGGUUGGGAGAAAUUUCGUUUUCGGGUAGUGAAUGUGAUUGUACAAUAAGGAAAAGAGUGGGGAUGCGUUGUAGCGUCUAAAUGUUUUCUAUCGACACACAGAAUAAGAAUUCGAUGUAACACACCGAGUAUGAUUUCAGCUUUACACAUAACAUUGUAAUUUAUACACAUAUUUUUUAUAUAU